AUGGUCGGGCCCCUCAAAAAGGCCCCAAGUGGCUUCACUCACUUGCUUGUGGCGGUGGACAAAUUCACCAAGUGGAUCGAGGCGAAGCCCAUCACCAACAUCUGCUCGCAAGAGGCGGUCGAUUUUUUCCUCGACAUCAUCUAUCAGUUUGGUGUCCCUAACUGUAUCAUCAUUGAUAACAGAAUAAACUUCACCGGCAAGAAGUUACUCGACUUUUGUGAUGGAUACGGCAAUAGGAUCAACUGGGCCUCGGUCGGGCACCCACGGACCAACGGUCAGGUCGAGUGGGCCAACGGCAUGGUCCUCCAAGGACUCAAGCCUCGCAUUUUCAACCAGCUCAAAAAGCACGUCGGGCGAUUAGUCGCAGAACUCCUAGCGGUCUUCUAG